AUGGCCAAGUCCAGCAAGAGGAAAGAACAGCCCGAGGGAGACGCCCCCGAUGUCCAGGUAGACAAGAACAAGCGUCACAGAAAAGACAAACCAUGGGACACUGAUGACAUUGAUCACUGGGCCAUUCCGGAAUUCAAAGCCCCCACCAACUCCUCCGAACACAAACCUUUCCUCGAAGAAUCUUCGUUCGCCCUCCUCUUCCCCAAGUACCGCGAACCCUAUCUCCGAUCAGUAUGGUCUUCCAUCACCUCCGCUCUGGACAGCUAUGGUCUUGCUUGUGAGCUCGACUUGGUCAAAGGUCAGAUGACCGUCAAGACCACCAGAAAGACUUGGGAUCCUUAUGUGAUCUUUAAGGCGCGAGACCUGCUCAAGCUGCUGGCAAGAGGCGUCAGUGCGCCGCAGAGUUUGAAAGUUCUACAAGAUGGGAUUGCAUGUGAUAUUAUCAAGAUUGGGGGGCUGGUCAGAAACAAGGAGAGAUUUGUAAAGAGACGGCAGCGUAUUGUGGGACCCAACGGAUCGACUUUGAAGGCUAUCGAGCUUUUGACCGAAUGCUACGUCCUCGUGCAAGGCAACACCGUCUCUGUCAUGGGAUCAUACAAGGGUCUCAAAGAGGUUCGCCGUAUCAUCAUCGAUUGCAUGAACAACAUCCACCCAAUCUACCGGAUCAAAGAGUUGAUGAUCAGGAGAGAACUGGCCAAAGACCCCAAGUUGGCUGAGGAGAACUGGGAGAGAUUCUUGCCCAAGUUCCAGAAGAAGCACUUGAAGACGUCUGAGAAGACUGCCAAGAAGAAUGCUGCCCUUGAGCGUCCUGCAGACAACGCCAACUCCAACUUUACUCCCCUCGGCGCUGCUUCCACCUCCUCUGCCCCUACCCCCGCCCCUGCGGCCAAAGAGAAGCCCAAGAAGAAGACCUACACCCCCUUCCCCCCUCCCCAACAACCUUCCAAGCUCGAUCUUCAACUCGCUUCGGGAGAAUAUUUCCUCAAACCGAAAGAGAAGGAGCAGAUCGAAAAGAGAAAGAAGUUGGAGAAGCAACAGGAGGUAUCGGAGGAGAAGCGAGUACAAAGAGAGGAGGCGUUUAUUGCGCCCGAGGAGAAGAAGGAAGAUGCUGUGGAAGAAAGGAGGCAGAAAAGGAGAAAGGCUGCUGCAGAGUUCAUGUAG